UUGUGUUCUCAAGAGAGGAAUCAGGUUUCCUUGACAACCGCAGGAUGCGUACCCAGAGGCCUAGGGACAGAGAAAAGGAGGCCAGAGAAGGAGGGAAAGAGACAAAAAACAAAUGAGACUUUCCAGCCCCGCGUUUUCUCCAGCUUUUUUUUUAUCAGGUCUUUUUUUUGAAAGAGGGAGCGAUGGAGGAGGUUGCCGCCCGGUCGUGACGGAGCCUUAGAGUGUUUGUGUGGUCUGUGUGUGUUUGUGUGUGUCCGCGCUGAAUCGUCAGGCCCACAUCUUGAUUCUGGAUCAUGCGUUUUACACUGCGUCCCCGGAGUGGCUGCUUGGUGCUGUGUCUUUCUGUCUCUCUGCUCACCCUGCUGCUGCAGAGCCUCUGGGUGCCUCCAGAGAUGACCAGAGAGGAGCCGGCAGGUGCAGGGAGGUCCCCUGAGGAACAGAGUCACCAUGGUAACAGCGUGCGAAGACUGGCUCUACGCUUAGAGGCUCUGAGCUCUCAGGUGCAGCGGCUAGCGAGGGAGAGAGACACUCCCCAGCCUGCUAAAGAAGAACUUAUUAACCUUCUGCAAAGUCUCCGGCAGGACCAGGAGGGCUUGGUGCGGUCCGUGGAGCGAGAGUUACAGAGAAUGGCCCAGAAGCUGGAAAGCCUCGGUCAUCAGCCCCACACACCACGACCACAAGACGACCACAGACCGCAGACAGGUCUCCGUGAGGUUUGUGAGGUGCCCGAGGACCCUGUGUAUCCCCACUGUGCUGAGAAAGUUGCGUUCCUGCAAGCCCGUUGGGACUCAGACCUCUGCUAUGCUUUCUACGGGGUGGAUGGUACCACCUGCUCCAUCCUGACCUACCUGAGUGAGAGAGAAGACUUCUGUCCCCCACACCCUGGAAGAAACCAUUCAGUACCACCAUGGCACCAGCAACCACACACCCACAAAGAGAAGGCAGAGGUCCGGACGACUCUGAGGCCAUUGUAUGAGGUGUUUGGUGGAAUUCAGGGUCCUGCAGGAAGGUUCAUCCGGUCCAGGGUGGAGAGGCUGUCUACAUGCUGGAUAAAGGCGGGACACAGGAUACGAGAGAACACCACAAAGACGACUUCACUGCAGAAGAGGGUCCUGCUCUACCCAGGGGUCCUGUCUGGGAGUGCGGGCCAGCGGUUCGGGGCCAUGGUGGAUCAAGGGGGGCCUCUGGGAGAGCUGGUGCAGUGGGCUGACCUCAGUGCCUCUCUCUUCAUCUUGGGUCACAAUCUGACCUUUACCACCUCCCAGAACCACCUGCACAGUGUGAUAGGUGCAGCCCCGGGCAAAGGAAGCUGCCCCAUCCAGAUGCCCCUGCCCUUUGACCUCAUCUAUACAGACUACCACGGCCUAGCCCAUCUCCAGGGAGCCAUGGGGCUGGCCUUCAAUCACUACCAAUGCCGCUUCCGAAUCCUUGACUCUUUUGGUACGGAACCGGCUUUCAACCUAGGGACGUAUGCCCGUAGCCAUGGUUACAACACGCUAUGGGGAAGCUGGCGUCUACAGCCACUGCAGUACAUGACCAUGUUCCCUCAUACCCCUGACAACUCAUUCCUGGGCUUUGUGAGUGAGGAGGCGAUGGUGGAGCAGGAAGAGAGGGAGGAGGAAGUGGAGCCAGGGCCCUACAGGAAGGACAACACGGCUGUGGUCUACGGGAAACAGGACUACAUGUGGCAGGGCAAGGAACGUUAUCUGGAGCUGAUCAGUCAGGAGCUGGAGACCCACGGCACUGUGUACCAGCCUCCAGGCCACUCCGCUCAGCUGCCCAGUAACAUCAUCAACCACGGCCUGCUGACCCAGGAUCAGUUCUUACAGCUCCUCAGAAGAGCCAAGGUGUUUGUGGGUCUUGGAUUUCCCUAUGAGGGUCCAGCUCCUUUGGAGGCCAUAGCUUUAGGGUGUGUCUUCCUCCAGCCUCGCUUCCAGCCCCCUCGCUCCUCUGAAAACAGUGACUUCUAUAAAGGGAAGCCCACAACACGACAGGUCUCCUCCCAGCACCCCUAUGCUGAGGAGUUCAUCGGUAAACCCUACGUUUGGACCGUGGACAUGACCAACACUACUGACGUUCAAGAGACGGUCAGGGCUAUUCUACGCACAGAGGUCAAGCCCUUCACCCCUCGAGAGUUCACCAGUGAAGGGAUGCUGGAAAGGGUCCAUGCUUACAUCACUCAUCAGGACUUCUGCAGCAUGUCCUUCCCUACCUGGCCACCUGAGAGCGCUCUGAGAAUACAUCUGGGCCCCCUGGGCCAGUCAUGUGUGAGUGUUUGUCGACGUGCCUCCCUGGUGUGUGAGCCGGCACUGUUUCACCACCUCAACAACCCCGCAGCGUUCACCAGACUGGGCCUGUCCUGCUCCAGCAUGGACCAGGAAGUGGACAACCAUCUAUUUCCUGCCUACAGCCCGUGGGGUCGUCGCUGUGGCCUGCAGCGGGAGCGUCUCCUGUUCAGCUGCGCUGGGUCCGACCCUGUCCACCGCAGACUCUGUCCCUGCAGGGCCCACCGGGCGGGACAGGUGGCGCUGUGUCCUGACUGCCUCUAAGGGGCAGACUCUCAGGAUUCUCAUUGGAGAUAAAAGAGGAAAUGUAAGGUUGAAAUGCAUCCUAUGUCUGGGGUCAUGUUCGCUAGGCACGAAACAAAAGAAAACCAACUGAAAUGGAGAGGUGCUAUUUGAACUUGUCCAAUAGGAAGCUUUUUUUUCGUUUUCUAUUGCAAAAUGUUUUGUUACAGUGUGCCCUGAUGAACACAACCCUAGGCUCUACACUCACAGGAAAUGGAUGUCACGUUCCCGGUUUAUCUGAUAUCACUCAGGAAGAAAGAAGAUAUAGAGCCCUGAUCCGUCAUGUCUCCUCAGUUGCACAAAGGAAUAGGAGUAACAUAGGCCAAAUAUGUUUUCUGUCUCUCCAUAUAGGCCUGACAUUACUUGGCCUCACACAGGAUAUAUCAGUGUUGUGGCCUUUCAUUCCCAGUAUAUCUGAUCUCUCUCUGCCUUCGCCUAUGUGGCCUGUAAAGUGACCACAACCUUUCAUACCAGAGGUCACUCUAUGACAAACUGAGUCAGGCCUCUGAGCAGUUUUACAACCAGAGAGUCCAUCACAUCACAUUCAAGUAAUAGCUUCAACAGAGGGCCAUCACUCAUUGAUGUGGGGUGUAUUUAAUGAGGUAAAACACAAUGUUGCAGGUGGAAAUGUGAUGUGUAGUGCUGACAUGACCCACAGUUCUAAAUGACAAACAGCCAUACCUGAUCUACACAAUACAUUUCUAUCGUAACGUUCUCUUGAACAGGCUUCCAUAGUAGUGGUGGACUGGGGAGUGUGGGAUUACUAGCCAUGUACAAUGGCCGCUCGCGUUGCAUCGCCGGCCCUGAAUAUUACCUCAGUCCUCCUCGGAUUUGUGACAGAGUAAAUAAUGGGGGCCAGAACCAUGUAUUUAGAGUUAGGCCAACUUUUAGAAUUUUGAAUAUUGUUCUAAUUAUAGACAUUCAGUUACAUAGUAUUAAGUAUUCCCCAUGUAAUGUUAAUGGGGAGCUAAAAUGGCUGCCAUAGAAUGUUGAAGUGUCAUGUAAAUGCAUCAUAAUACAGAAAUCAUAUUGGCCCAACUCUCUAAAUACAUGGCUCUGAUGGGGGCCAUUAUCAGAGUGAAUCAUGGGUAAUCAGCACUGAAUGUUUUUGAGAGGGCAAGGCAAUAAGACCACGAUUAUUCCCUCCAAAUAAACACAUUCAAAAUGCUGUACUAUAUACUAUGUGUACUGUAUAAGAUAUUUGUUUAUAUGACAGAAUAUUAAUAGUGUUAUUGCCCUAUUGCCUUUUGAUAUGAUAUAUCUAUAGUGAUCUGGCUGAACUUGUAGGGAGGACGAUUUUGAAGGACGAUAUCCUGCUCAGGAGCGAACGUUGAAUUGAACUAACAAACAGACCCGAGCCAAAUGAAGUGAGGGGUGAUGGGUCACAAAACCUAGUGUGGAGGUUGGGAAGCCUGUCUUCUUCUCGCCUGGCUUCUUCCAUCACCCCUUUCUCUACAUAUAAGAGUGAGGGAAGAAGUGAGAGACCGAAACAGACGUAAAUGAAUAGCACUAAACUGAGGGCUCUUAUCUGUUAGAAGUGAUCGGGUGGGGGCUUACACAGUGCAGCUGCUAGCCUAGCUUCAGGCCAAGUCCUUGGACUGUCUAUGGGCUCCUUCACCUAAAACUAGAAAACUGAAAGAGGGUUUCUCAGAACAGACACAUGUGAUUACCGUGACUGUCCCAAUGCACUCCGCGUAACCCAAACACAGCACAGCUCAGGAAUUGGACGGGACCACUCAGGGCUGUGACAGAAUUGGUCGACAGGAUGACGGACAGCUCGGUGACUGUAAAACGUCUGUCUAAAAACAACAGUGGAACUGACAUAAGCAGAAUGUUUAGCAAAUUCAGCUGGCCCUGUCAAGUGAGACUUGAAUGUGAUUUGACAUACGUUCCAAAGAUGAUAAGAGUGAGUGGACUCGUGUUUUGUUUCAAGGCACUGUUUGUCAGUUACGGAAAAUAAAAUUGUACUUGACCCAAAGGAAUUAUACAAUGAGAAAUAAGUUCAUUGGGAAAUGUUGUGUAAUUUUGUGACUCACACUCACUGUUUUGUUUAAAGGUUCUUGCAUAACACUUGACGAGCUGAUAAUGUAAGGUUAUAGAAGGGUUAAGAUAAAAUAAGAUAGUAAAAUAUAAUACAAUAUAAUAAAGUAUUUUUUUAAACUCUUUAAUAUUGACAUUAUUGGAGUGUGACUGGCAUACUUUAGGUGCUACCAAUAGCUACACACACUGCUAGAUCUCAAAAGCCCACAAACGUCAAACAACAUGUCCCAAUUCUAGGGUGGCAUCUGUAAACUAUACAGUGCCCUCCACUAAUAUUGGCACCCUUGGUAAAUAUGAGCAAAUCGGGCUGUGACAUUUGUUUAUUUACUGUUUAUCCUCUUGGUCUUUCAUUCAAAAUAUUCACAAAUAUCGAACCUUUAAUUGAAAAAAAAUGAUUGAAAAAAAUGUAUGUGAAAUAAAUUAACUAUUUUUCUCCGAAACAUGUGUGCCACAAUUAUUGGUACCCCUAGAUGUUCUUAUGAGAAAAAUCUAGCUGAAGUCUAUUCCCAUUCAUAUUUUAUGUUUUUAAGUUCACCUGAGUAAUUAGGAACACUUAAGUGGUAAGCCAUGACUUCCUGUUUUACUGGGGUAUAAAUAUGAGGUGACACACAGGCCAAGUUCCCAUAGUCAUCCUUCAUUAUGGGAAAAACCAGAGAAUACAGUAAUGAUGUGCGACAAAAGGUUGUUGAGCUGCACAAAUCAGGAAAUGGCUAUAAGAAAAUAGCUUAAAGGUUGAAAAUGCCAAUUUCCACUAUCAGGGCAAAGAAAUUUAAAGCAACUGGAGAUGUUAGCAAUCGGCCUGGAAGAGGACAUGUGUCUAUAUUGACCCCACGCACAGUGAGGAGGAUGGUUCGAGUUGCCAAACAAUCUCCAAGGAUCACAGCUGGAGAAUUGUAGACGUUAGUUGGGUCAUGGGGUCAGAAAAUCUCCAAAACUACGAUCAGAUGCCACCUACAUAACCACAAGUUGUUUGGGAGGGUUGCCAUAAAAAAAGCCUUUGCUGUCAUCAAACAACAAACUCAAGCGCCUACAGUUUGCCAAAUGUUACUGGAUCUUUCAAUGGGACCGGAUUCUAUGGUCAGAUGAGACCAAAAUAGAGCUUUUUGGAAACAAACACCAGAGGUGGGUUUGGCGUAGACAGAAAGAUAGCCAUGCAAAAAAGUACAUCAUCCCCACUGUGAAGUAUGGUGGUGAAUCUUUGAUGUUAUGGGGCUGUUUUUAUUUCAAAGGUCCUGGACCACUUGUUAGGAUACAUGGUAUCGUGGACUCAAGUACAUCAAGUACAAGCAGAUAUUAAAUCAAAACCUGACUGCCUCUGCUAGGAAGCUUAAACUGGGCCGUGGUUGGAUCUUCCAGCAGGACAAUGAACCAAAGCACACCUCAAAAUCAACACAAAAAUGGUUCACUGACCACAGAAUCAAGGUUUUGCCAUGGCCAUCCCAGUCCCCUGACCUAAACCCCAUAGAAAACCUGUGGCAUGAGCUGAAGAGGAGAGUCCACAAGCGUGGACCUCGGAAUCUGAAGGAUCUGGAGAGAUUCUGUGUGGAGGAAUGGUCUCAGAUCCCUUGCUAUGUGUUCUCCAAUCAUGUUAAGCAUUAUAGGAGAAGACUCAGAGCUGUUAUAUUGGCAA